UUGCAUCCUUCUAGAAACGUGGCACCACCUCUUUUCUUCCCCAACGAUGCCGAUACGGAGUUGUAUAGGGAGAAUGCAAUUACGCAGCUGUUCAUGUUUGAUAACAGUUUCUUUGGGCAUUUGAAUAUUAUAUUAGUCAGUUACGCCUUAAAUGGCACCUUUUUGGGAAUGGUUCCAGCUUCAGGAAAGAUCCUACAACCUUGUGCACCACAUGAAGCUUCCCACAUUUUUGAGUUUGGCCGAGUGUACAAUUUUGAUUGCUACAUGUCUAUAGAUAGAGUGUUCGACAAGGAAGCCACAUUUUACGAAGCAUAUCUGAAGUUCUUUGAUGAGAAGGGUACACCACAGGUAUGUUCUAUAUCUCCAUUUACGCAAGCGUGGCUCUAA